AGCCAGUGUUUCUUCGACAGCGUCAGCAGCCAGCACGGACCUCGGUUAGACGUGUUCCGGUGCGGGUUUUAGAGGGUGUCCGCGGUCUGUUCAGGGGGACUCUGGACUUCAUUGCCGCUGUAGGACUGGGAACAGACUGCUGUCCACUCCACCACAGCGCUCAACACCAUGGCUGCCACUGUCACCAUGCUCUUCUUCGUCCUUUACAUCUUUACUGCUUCAGCGCUGGAAUCAGCCUCUGAGCCAGUCCUCCCCCAGAGACACCCACACCUCACUGGCUGUGUCUCCACCAACAUGGAGACUUUCCGCUGCAGAUGGAAUGUCGGCACUUUCCAUAGCCUCUCUGAGCCGGGAGAGCUCCGCUUAUUCUACAUGAAACAGAUACCCCUCCCUGCCACUUCUAAAGAGUGGAGGGAGUGUCCCCAUUACAGCACCGACAGGCCCCACGAGUGCUUCUUCAAUGAGAACCACACAUCUGUAUGGAUAACUUACAGAGUCCAGCUCCGCUCGAGGGAUCAAACUGUCCUCUACGAUGAGAGCCGCUUCAACGUUCAAGACAUUGUGCAACCGGAUCCUCCUGUCGGCCUGAACUGGACGCUGCUGAAUGUGAGUUUGACCAGCACUUACUACGACAUUAUGCUGAGCUGGAAGCCGCCUCUGUCUGCGGAUGUAGAGAUGGGAUGGAUGAUGCUGCAGUAUGAGGUCCAGUACCGCGACGUCAGCUCGGACGUGUGGGAAGUGACCGACCUUGUGAAAAGCACCCAACGCUCCAUCUAUGGACUUCAAACUAACGUCAAUCACGAGGUCCGGGUCCGGUGCAAAAUGUUCAGUGUGAAAGAGUUUGGAGAAUUUAGCGACUCAGUAUUCGUCAACAUCCCAUCUAAAGUGUCGAGGUUUCCAGUGGUGGCCCUGCUCAUCUUUGGUGCCUUGUGUUUAGUGGCCAUCCUGAUGUUAGUCAUCAUAUCACAGCAGGAAAAGUUGAUGGUUAUUCUUUUGCCUCCUGUUCCUGGACCUAAAAUAAGAGGAAUUGACCCAGAACUACUCAAGAAAGGGAAGCUGAGGGAGUUGACAUCCAUCCUUGGUGCUCCCCAUGAUCUGAGGCCAGAGCUGUACAACAACGACCCCUGGGUGGAGUUCAUCGAUCUGGACAUUGAGGAGCACAACGACAGACUGACCGAUCUGGACACUGACUGUCUCAUGCAUCGCUCCCUUUCCUCCACCUGCACUCCCCUCUCCAUCGGCUUCAGAGACGACGACUCGGGCCGGGCCAGCUGCUGCGACCCAGAUCUCCAGAGCGACCCGGAGGCAUCAGCUUUCCAGCCUCUCAUCCCAAAUCAAACCCUCAGUGGGGAAACAUCGUUCCCGACAGCCUGUGAGCCAAGCUCUCCGGUCCAGAGCCCUUCCGCUGGGGAGCCUCCUUUUGUAGCACCGGGCAGAGGGGUGUUGUACACCCAGGUGAGUGAGGUGAGGUCGUCAGGCAAGGUGCUGCUGACACCUGAGGAACAAACUGAGGUGGAGAAGUCAAGUAACAAAGACGCAGAGAAAGACAUUAUGGCGGCAAAUGAAAAGAAGGAGUUUCAGCUCCUGGUUGUGAAUCCAGAUCAUGGGGGUUACACCUCAGAGCUGAAGGCUAGAAAAAUGAGCCCAAGAUUGUCCGCAGGAGACAUGAGUGAACCCUUCCAGACAGGAGGAGAUGUGAGUUCUUCAGCUACCCUUUCGCCUAACAGCAAAUCAGAUACCACCUUCAUGUCCCCUCUUCCCCCGGCUCCUGUCUACACCGUGGUAGAUGGUGUUGACAGGCAGAAUAGCCUCUUAUUGACACCAAACUCGACAUCUGCACCACAGCUGAUAAUCCCAAAGACCAUGCCGAUACCAGGCAGCUACCUGACCCCUGACCUUUUGGGAAGCAUCACACCAUAGAUCAGUGGUAAACUGUCCAAAGUUAAGACUAUCCAAUCAAUUAAACUUGGUAACAGUUUGGGAGAUUGACUAUUGAGGUUGAGUGUUAAAUGUCAGCUCUCCUAAAAUAGUUAUGGGGCAUCUGUGCCUGUCCUGCCACAACCGCUACCUCCUCCGUUCUCCCACUGCUACCUUUAACAGGGCUGUUUAGUCGACAUGGUUGGAAGUUUGGUAUGAGGGAGGAAGAGCGCACAACAAUGUGUUUUACUGCAGUUGUGGAAAAGAACCUUUCAAAGAGAAAUGACUCAAAUGGGCUGAAAACUGCCUCAAAAACUCAAUAUUCAUCUAAAAAACAGGUCCACAACACUACUUAUUAGAAAACUAUCUCUGUUAAAGCUGCAUCAAUCAAUUUCUGGUCACUAAAAAUCUCUGCAAACUGACACUGCUAAUUGGAAAACUGUUCUGCCAUUUACAAAUCCAUGUGACAAAGACACACUAUCUUUAAUUUGAAGUCAUGUUUCUGUUGAUGAAUGCAAGUCCAAUAUUCAAUAUUAAUAUUCCUUUAAGCUUUGGUUUUAUCAACUCUGGCUGCUAAAUGCUCCGCUCUCUAUAUCAGCCAGUCGCUCAUUUUGCCAUUGUUAUGAACUAAAGGGCUAAAACGCUGCAGCGUUAAACCUGGAUUAUAUUCCCAAAUGGACGCAUGUAUAAACAGCUGUGGACACUACGGACACGUAGUAGUUCUGUUUAUACCACUUUCUGGAGUCCCUGGAAGGACUUGCGUAACUUGCUAGCGUAGCGGCUUCGCAGACAAGUCCAAGUCCUUGUGGUCACAACAAACUGGAUGUAUGCAGUCCCUCACGCACUGUAUAAUCCUGCCUUUAGUGGUAAUUCCUUGUGAUUUUGUCACUACAAGUACCACCUUUCACAUUACAUGUAGUCAUUUCAUUCACCAUUAAUGUAAAAAUAUUGAUUAAUGCAGCUUAAAGUUAGAGUACAUUUAAUUGUACUGUUACAUGCUUUAUUCAUUUUAAAUUUUUUUGCACAUAUUUUUUUUUAUCAUUUUGUACAUAUCAAAGGGUUUCAUAUGUAAUUGAUAUGCUAUGUGAAAAAUGUCCAUAAACAUAAAUUAAUCAUGUGUCCUUUGUUAUGAAUCCAACAUUUGUAUGCUUUCCAUGAGGUUUUCAGUCCUUUUCAGGUUUUUAAGUCCAAUAUUGGCGCAAUGGAUGUUACUUAAUCAUUCAGUAAUCCGUUGCUUUUUUGAAUAUUCAUGAAUAAUGCCUUAUUGGGGUUCAUAUUAUCAUGUUGCCAACACAUGAUGCAUAAAGCAUGAGCUGUGUGUUAAAGGAUCAUAAAAUAUUAGAUGUGUAUCUUACUUUGAUGGCAUUACAUACCCUGUUCUUCAUUUAUGUUCGAAACUGUGAAACAUUUCAAGAGGUACAAAAUUAUUUGGAUUGUCAGUUUUUUAGUAAUUGUUUUGGAUGUGCAUGGACUAUAAAGGUUUUUAUUUUUAAUUUGGCUUCUAGUUAGCAGUGCAUAAAAUGCAAAUUACAGGUAAGUGUUAAAGUGUUACAAAGUUACAAAUAGACAACUUUCAUAC